AUGUCGGUCCCCGCUGCCCCUGCCCCCGUUCAUCUAUCUACAACUCCCAUCAAGUCCUUGUCUCCCUCCCCACCGGCGCGAGGCCCGUCUUUGAGUCUCAGCCCGUCGGUAAUCUACCAGACCACCCGCACUUCUCAUAUUCCUUCCCUUGAACCUCCGUCUUACUUGUCGCCCGCCGUGCGCGCACUGAAACAAGGCGUCUUUGGACUAACACCUCCCAGCAAUGCGCGGACGCGAGCCCCCUUCAAGCCCCGCUCGGCCGCCAAGGGCACCAGCAGUUACCAGCUGAGGCAGUUCGCCGAGGCCACUUUGGGCAGUGGCAGUCUGCGUAAGGCUGUGAAGUUGCCCGAGGGCGAAGAUUUGAACGAAUGGCUUGCAGUGAACGUCGUCGACUUCUACAACCAGAUCAACCUUCUCUACGGCUCUAUAACUGAAUUCUGCUCCCCGCAAUCAUGCCCCGAGAUGAAGGCUACCGAUGAGUUCGAGUACCUCUGGCAAGACUCCGAGAACUUCAAGCGGCCAACCAAGAUGUCUGCUCCCGAAUACAUCGAGCACCUCAUGACUUGGGUACAGGGCAAUGUCGACAAUGAGCAGAUGUUCCCCAGUCGCAUCGGCGUUCCUUUCCCCAAGACAUUCCCGAGUCUCCUCCGCCAGAUCUUCAAGCGUUUGUACCGAGUCUACGCCCACAUCUACUGCCAUCACUACCCGGUUGUGGUACACCUUGGUCUCGAGCCACACCUGAACACCAGCUUCAAACACUACGUCCUGUUUAUCGAUGAGCACAAACUGGCCAGCGGCAAGGAUUACUGGGGUCCUCUGGGUGAUCUGGUGGACAGUAUGCUGCGCAGUGACUAG